AUGCCGCCUCACGACGAAGCCCCCCCUGCCUUUCGCAACGUCGGCCGCGGCGGUGCGGGAAACCACCAUCCGGCGUCAAAGACGGUUCCCGCGCAAGAACUCGUCCAAGCCCCGACAGCACCGGCCGCUCCAUCGCGGCAUCCAUUGCAGGACGCUCCGCCGCAGCGCACGCGCCACUCCGACCACCCCGUGCGCGCAGGCCGCGGUGGUGCUGGCAACUUCUUCGACCCGCAGCCGCCCACGAUCGGUCAUGACAGGCAACAGCAGGCGAGCGCCGUCGAUGAGACCGUGGCCUUGCGCCGCGACCGGCAACGGUCGGCCAUGGGAGGGCGCGGCGGCUCCGGCAACUGGACUACCUCCUCCACCUCUGCCGAAGAUGCCGUGGGAACGGCCGUCGAAGAUGCCGUGGAGGCGCUCGAGAAGAAGGUCAAGGAGGUCGUCGACAAGGGGCUGAAGAUGCCGGACCAGGUUCACCACAGGAGAGGGAGCGCGAACGAGCCUUGUUAA